AUGGACCGACUACCCGAAUCCGUAACAGACUGGGACGUUAACCAGGUCAUAACUUGGUUGACGUCCAUGGGUUAUUCUGCAUACGAAUCGCAGAUUAAACGAGAGGGAAUCAAUGGAGAGAUCCUGGCUCACUUGGACCAUACCGCUCUGAAGGAAUUGGGUAUUCAUUCGGUAGGACACCGAGUCUCUCUUUUGAAGGCAAUAUACAACCUCAAGAUAGAACAUAACAUACCCCUCGACUCUUGGGAUUAUGUCCCUCCUUCUGCAGAGUUUGAAAAUGAAUUAAGCAUUCCUAACGGAACUGGAAAAAUAGAGCUUCAAGAUAAAGUUAUACAGUUGUCAAAAGAAGUGAUGCGCCUAUCACACGAAUUAUCGAAAUUACGGGAAGAAUUAGUGCCAGUAUGGAAAAUCGUUAAAGAAAACAAGCCAUUACCGGAACCUGAACUAAUUAAACAAAAUUACAAAUCCUCCUCUUCCGCGAAUAAGGGCCUUCAAGUACAGUUACCUUCGGUCAACGUCACGCACCACGGCUCAAGGUCACCUACACAUACAAGCGAUACUCCGCGGUCACCCCGUAAAUCCAAUUAUUUAUCGCCUCAAAAGAUACAAAAAGAUGGGUCAAUAAGAUUAAAUGUUCACAACAAUCGCACCGGAGAACUUUUGGAGGCAUUCCGCGUCUCACAUGACGAUCCAUGUCACAAAGUCUUGCCUGACGUUCUCAAACGAUAUAAGAUCAACGGUGACUGGCACGACUAUGCUUUGUUUAUCUGUUAUGAUCGUCAAGAGCGAUGUUUAAGUUAUGAUGAAAAACCUCUCGUAUUAUUCCAAAAAUUGAAAGAAGCUGGCCGAAAUCCAUGUUUUGCUCUGAAGAACAUUAACGAAUUACAAUGCCCAGUGGCAACAGUUGAACAGACUUUCAAUUCCGUGAAAGCAAACAAAUCCAAACGACGUACAACUUUAUUAAACAAAGAACUUCCCCCCGCACCACAUGAACUCGAACAACAAAAUUCGACAGCGCAGACAUAUGACAAUAAUGAACAAGACGAUAUUGAGCGCGUAGAGGGUAACGGCGCUGCCAUGGUAGUAUUCCCUUACGUACCCGAGAAUGCCGACGAAGUCAACGUGAUUGUUGGAGAUGUUGUAACUAUCAGAGCCAAAUCAGAAGGAUGGUGCUAUGUAGAGAAAGGCGGCCAAGCAGGAUGGGUACCAGCCAGCUGCGUCUUCGAGACUAGUAUCAAUGGAGGUGAUAUGAUGGACAGAGAUAGUCCGUACGUUGGCAGAGGGGUUGCUGUGGUUGAUUAUGUUGGCCACGGAGAAAAUGAAUUAUCUAUGAAAGCAGGCGAUAAACUUAGAAUCUAUAAGAAGAGUAAUCACUGGUUAUACUGUGAAAUAAAUGAUGAGCGAGGAUGGGUGCCAAGUUGGUACGUUAGAAUCGACAGGGAAGUCAUCGACGAACGGAAUACACAGCCUUCUGAUACUCAUGGAAACUUCAUCUAG